AUGACAAUGCAGGAUCUUGGGGGCCAGGAUCUAGAGAGGUCUUUGCUGACUGAUUUCUACACAAUACUCUGUCUGUGCUUCUUAGCAGAGAGUGAGGAAGAAGAUGACAAUGAAAUGGAAGUGGAAGACCAAGACAGUAAAGAUGCAGAAAAGCCAAACGUCAUUAAUUUUGAUACCAGUUUGCCCACAUCACAUAUGUACUUAGGCUCCGACAUGGAGGAGUUCCACGGGAGGACGGUCCACGACGACGACAGCUGCCAGGUGAUCCCGGUGCUGCCCCACGUGAUGGUGAUGCUGAUCCCGGGGCAGACGCUGCCCCUGCAGCUCUUCCACCCGCAGGAGGUCAGCAUGGUGCGCAACUUAAUCCAGAGGGACAGGACCUUCGCCGUGCUCGCCUACAGUAACGUACGUGAAAGGGAAGCACAUUUUGGAACAACAGCAGAAAUCUAUGCCUACAGAGAAGAGCAGGAAUAUGGAAUUGAAACAGUCAAGGUGAAAGCAAUAGGAAGGCAGAGGUUCAAGGUGCUUGAAAUAAGAACACAGUCAGAUGGAAUCCAGCAGGCCAAGGUGCAGAUCCUUCCCGAGCGAGUGCUGCCCUCCACGAUGGCAGCAGUGCAGCUGCAGUCCCUCAGCAGGUGCCACGUGUUCCCCUCUCCCAAGCCUUCCUCCUGGCAGGACCGAGCCAUCCGGCAGUGGUGGCAGAAGUACCAGAAGAGGAAGUUCCACUGUGCCAGUUUGACAUCUUGGCCUCCCUGGCUCUACUCUCUGUAUGAUGCUGAAACCUUGAUGGAAAGAGUCAAGAGGCAGCUACAUGAAUGGGAUGAAAACCUUAAAGAUGAAUCUCUUCCAACAAACCCAAUAGAUUUUUCUUACAGAGUUGCUGCCUGCCUGCCCAUCGAUGAUGCUUUACGUAUCCAGCUGCUCAAAAUAGGCAGUGCUGUGCAGAGACUCCGCUGUGAGUUAGACAUCAUGAACAAAUGUACAUCUCUCUGUUGUAAGCAAUGCCAAGACACAGAAAUAACUACCAAGAAUGAAAUAUUCAGCUUAUCCUUGUGUGGCCCCAUGGCAGCCUAUGUGAAUCCCCAUGGAUACAUCCAUGAAACCCUCACUGUAUAUAAAGCCUGCAAUUUGAAUCUCAGUGGACGGCCCUCGACAGAGCACAGCUGGUUCCCUGGGUAUGCCUGGACUAUAGCCCAGUGCAGGAUCUGUGGGAGCCACAUGGGCUGGAAGUUCACAGCCACCAAGAAGGAAAUGUCCCCUCAGAAGUUCUGGGGGCUGACACGCUCCGCUCUCCUGCCCCGCAUCCCAGAGGGGGAGGAAGACUCCGACCACGAGGGCUCCCCGAUCCUCUGCCUGUGACCUGUCACCUCCUGGAGGGCCUUGGCCAGGGCUCCUGCAGAUGCAUCUGCUCAGUUCUGCUUCUGAUGCUUCCUUAGACCUGAGAACCCCCGGAACCCCCAACCACACUCACCAAUCCAAGGAAACAGGCAGGGUCACCACGUUUGGGAGUGCUGUGCAUCCGUGUUCUGUUCCUUCAGGAAUGCUGAGACUGAAGGCUGAGUCCUUAAAGGGAGAGCUGAGGAGAGGAGAUGGCUUGAGACACUAAGAAAGGAUGGUCCAUCUGGACAGAAACAGGAGACACCAAGAAAUCUCUGAUCCACGUGGCCAGAUUUGAGACUGAACUUUCUCCGUGUGUAAUUCCCACUUGCAGGGAAGGAAGAUGGGCAGGAACUCAAUCCUGGAUAACCAGAGUCUGAUUUAUGCAAUAGCCCCGGGAUGGUAGAUACCAGUUACUUGCUGCAGAGUAUUUUCCAUAACACACUUACAAGUGGUUUUGCUGAGAAUCCCUGUUUCUGACUCUGAAGUACUUCAGGUUUUCUGCUUGUGCUGUUUCUCAGAUAUUUGCUGAAUAACCGUGGAAGAGAGAACAAGGCUGAAGUAUUUCUGACUGAUCUAAGUGUUGGUGGCAGUGCUGGAAUGGGCAAAAGCAGGAGCUGCUGCUGCCUCACGGGGUGGAACCCAUGGGAAGUGUUUGUUCCUUACCGGUUGUCUGAUCUAUUUAGUCUCUUUGACUUUAGAAGUCUUAAAUUUUAAAUUGUUUAUAAAAAAUACACAGGUCAGUCCCAGGGCAGAAACAACAUUGUCAUUUGCUGUUGAAUGUGCUUCAGUUACUUGUCAAAAUUGUUACUGGAAAGGUUUACCAGCAGAGGUAUCCAGAAUUCUGGGAAGGACUCUCUAAAACACGCCACUGAGGGGAUUUUUUAGGACUAUUUAUCGUGACAAGGGGGAGGCAACAUCUCUUUAAUUAUUUUUUCUUUUGCACUUACAGAUCAUAAAGUAAAAUUCCACGUUAUCACCUUACAAAGAGGAAAAGUUCCUAAAUAAAACAGAUGAAGGCAGAGUGUUUUGAGGGAGGUUGUUUUUUGGUAGGUGGUUGUUUUAGUUUUGGUGGGGGUUUUUUGUCUGAAGCGUUAUCUACCAAACUGAGGCAGCUUUUGCCACUGGUUUAUUGGGGUGGUUUUCCCUCAGAAUUCACUCUGGUGAUGGAAGCUGGAGAUUUCUCCCUAUGUUUGUGCACAUACUCACUCGUUUUUCUUGUGAAGCUUUAUCAUUCACUCUUUAUUUCUUCACUUGCUAAAUACAAUGACACAAAACUACUUAAGGUUUAAGACAUGAGCCGUUAGUCACUUGUUCUCUGUCAGGCACCAGAUGUAGCAAGGCCAGAGCACUUCAGUGAGAAGGAGCUGAUUCCUGUGGGAAUGUGGUCCCUGCAGCUGGGAACACCCAGGUGUGACCCUGCAGGAUGGUGAGAGGCUGCUGAGGUGUUUGUCAUGCCAGGUAUGUAGGAACUGAUGAUUGUGUAACUCAGAUUUAGUUCUCUGAAGCUUUCUACCUCUGUGCUUCUGUGGUCUCCUUUGUGCUCCUCAGACACCCUUAAUUCCGUGUUUAAUUCCGUGUGCAGUGCUCUGUGGAGCAGUGGACUGUGAAAAGCAGUGCUUGGGAUACAGCUCUGCACAAAUAGGGGGUGAAUGAUGGCUCAUUUUCUGGGAGAAAACAUUCUGUAUUUUGAUUAUGUUUCUGUAAUAAGCUUUGAAAAAGCUGGAAUGCCAAGCACUGGUGUGAGAAGGAGGCUCUGGAUCCUCUGCACUUGGAUAACCACUGGAACCAUGCCUGGCUCCCCUCACACCCUGCACACACAGACACACCUUGGCUGUAGACUUGGUUUAUUUUUCCCCUCGAAAUCCCUCCUAUCUGUUGUUCCCAUGACCCUCAGG